AGAAUAGUUAUAGGAUUCCAAACGCAAGCAGUAAGCAUUCAGUCGUGUUUGUAAAACUUCGAGAUAAAGCAGCGUCAGUCGCCGGAAAAUCUUUUAAAAGAAUAUCAGCAUUAGAUGAAUCAGCACUGCUUUUCAUUCAAAUUGCCAAGCAGCUUCCGCUCCUCCGUUAACCCCGUUCAGUGAAAUCUCUUCAGCUGAUUCUUUUAUUUGCCGCCGCUCCUAUAGUGCUCUCUUCAGUGAACGAAGUUACGUUGCUUAGGUAUCAUCGUGGAACUAGCCACAAUAAAAUUGAGUUCCGCUUAAACUUAAAAAAAUUAAUUGUUUUAAAAAGACAAAGUUUUAUCACCUCCUUUGCAACAUCCAUCAUUCUUCGAAUCAAGUGUUGAUAUUAUGGAAACGGAGUUUAAAGUGCUCGUUCGAUGGAUUUCAGUUUUUCUUUUCUUGGCUAUAGAAAUUGGCAAUGUUUGCUGCACAAACUCUUCCAAGGAAUUCCCUGAAGAUAAUCUACCAUUUACCUUUCCAAGUUUUGAUUUUCUUCACCCAUUAGAUAACAUUGAUGCCACGCCUUCCAAUGAAUGCGGAAUCAGCAAGUUCUACAGACAACGAAGACCACGCGACAUUGAAGAAGCUGUUAGUUAUAUAGGCCCAAGAGAUAAAAAUUACUUACUUAAAUCAAUUUUUAAAAAAAUGAGUAACAAACACGACGAACAAUUUGAAAGAGAGACACAAAAUGCCCGCAUCAUUAACGGGAAACAGAGCAAACCAGGCGCAUGGCCUUGGCAAGUCUCUUUACAAUUACUACAUCCUAAAUUGGGCUUCGUUGGACACUGGUGUGGAGGUGUCUUAUUAAAUGGGUUGAAUGGAGAUUAUUGGGUCUUGACAGCAGCACACUGCAUUUCCAAUGACGCAUUCAAUUUUCCCUUCAGUCCUCUGUGGACAGCUGUUGUGGGCGAGCAUGACCGGGCGACGGAAGACGGUUUUGAACAAAGAAUUAUGAUAGAAAAAAUUUAUCUCCAUGAAAGAUUCAAAGAAUAUCAUCAUGACAUUGCUUUGAUGAAAUUACAAAAGUCGGAAAGUUUGCAAAAUGCCACGGAUCGUGUUCGUCCAAUUUGCCUACCAACAGAAGACGACGUUGACACGUUUCAAGGAGUAAGAUGUAUAGCCACAGGAUGGGGACAAUCGAAAAAAGGGAAUAAAUUGGAAAAUAUUCUUCAUCAAACUGAGCUGCCGGUUGUAGACAACUCGCAUUGUAAACAAGUAUACGGUACUAUAUAUAACAUACCAAUAAACGAUUACCAUCUUUGUGCCGGACCUAUAACAGAUGGAGCUUCGGGAACCUGCGUGGGAGACUCGGGCGGACCACUACAGUGUAACUUACUUGAUGGACGAUGGUAUCUUGCUGGCAUUACGUCAUUCGGUUCAGGAUGUGCUAAGCCUGGAUUUCCGGAUGUUUUCACUAGGAUUACGUAUUACCUUCCCUGGAUUCGUGGAAAACUUCGUUUAGGUGGAGAUGGCUUCCACGAUGUUUAGAAUUUCUACUCCAGUUUAACCGGGUUUAACAUUUUACAUAGUCAUUUUUUUUUUCGUUAAUCGUUGGGAAUUCAAAACAAAGGGAUGCGAAUGCAGUAUUUCCUGUGCAUUCAAAUCAAUCAGUUGUGUGUAGGGGAAAGUGGGGCUAGUUGGCCCGGGGGCAGGUUGGCAAAUCUCGUUUUUCGGGAAUACCAAUAAAACUACAGUCCUACAAUAAUUAGGAGUUAUAAAUGUCAUAAUUCCGCAUCUUUUAAAAGAAAAAUCUGUCCAAAAGUCCAAAUGGUGCGUGAUUGAAAAAUAAAAGAAAUUUUUUAGUUUAAAA